UCUCUGCCUCACUGGCGCGGGAAAGCCAAAAAGUAAACAGGUGAUCACAGUAAACAAAAGCUUUAAAAGCCGAUGUUGUAAUAUAACGCAGAGACAGAGACACUCUAAUUCUCCACUGCGAUUUCAAAGGAAAUGCUGGCAUGAUGAUGGAAACACAAGACAUUAAUUACAUUCCUAGCGAUGCAAAAACCGCCGCAGCAGACGUAUCCAGGGAUCGAGACAAUCCCGUUGGCUAUCUGAUCGUGAACGACCAAGAAGAACCCAUAUACAAAGAGAAAACCACAAUCGGACGAGAGACCACUGCGGACAUCGUCAUUGACGCUCCGCAAAUAUCAAGACUUCACGCCACUGUUAAGGCCAAUCUAGCUGAAGGCACAAUAUUCGUUUGUGUAUACGGCAAGAACAACUAUUUAAAACUGCUUGAACUCGACCCCGAAGUGUUUUAUCAAGUGACUGACGGAGACACAUUGGACUUUCGUUCCAUCAAGGCGACUUACAAAGAAAAUAAGAAGCCAGAUAAUGAAGAGGAUUCCCUAGAUGAAGCGAUAGGAAACGGACAACUUUCACAAAGCAUCGCUGAGGAGGAAGAGAAAGGAAAGGAAAAAGAGGAUAAAAUGAUCGAGGAGGAUCAAAAGGAUGAAGACAAGGAAGAUAAAACUGACGAGGACGAAAAGGUCGACGAAGGGGAGUGCACGCAGUUUGAAUUUGAUUCCCCAGUCAAAGCUGAUAAAGAGGAAAAAGCAGACAAGAGUCUCUCUCCAGCAGCCAGUAAUCCCUUUUUGGACGAGUCAGACAUGACGCCUCCGAAGCCUCGGGAUAGCGGAUUCCGCCUGCAGCGGCUUCCAUCCUUUGAGACGCAGGAGCAGGAGGUCUCUGAGCUGGAGACUCAGGCGGUGGAUGAGCCGAUGCGUCCUCCACCUGAACCAAAGGCCGUCGUGGAGGAAAAGAAACUAGAGGAAACGCAGAAUUCCACUCUCCAACUCUGUGUUUCGCUUGAUAAUGACUCAGUGACUGUUCUCGACAACGAUAUCGCCCCAGAGGACGAUAAUGAGACUGUAACUGUGCUGGACAACGAUACCGUCCCAGAGGAGGAUAAUGAAGCUGUAACUGUGCUGGACAACGAUACCGUCCCAGAGGAGGAUAAUGAAGCUGUAACUGUGCUGGAGGACGAUACUGCUGCGGAGGAAAACAAUGAUACCGCGACAGAGCUGGAAAAAACGCCAGACCAUACACAGUCACCGUCGCAGGUGGUAGAGCUGCCGCAGUCCUUGUGCGAGGCGAGGAAGGCCUUGUUUGACGAUGAGGACUCGGAGGAUAGCCUUCAAAUAAUUGAAAUAGACGGAAAAGUUUGUCAGCCCAAGGUGGCCGUAAAAGAUGAGAAGGUUGAUGAAGAGCCCAGCAGUCAAUCGUCUCCCGUGGCCACCAAAAGGUCGCCCAGUCCUGUUGAGUCACCUGAGAAGCCUGCAUCUCUGAUUGACGAGUCAACAAUCAUUGAGGAAUCAUCUGAUGGCAUAGUAGAGGGCUCUGAUGACGAAAGUUUGGCGCUGAAACAACAGUUGCUGGUGAAGGACACCCAGGACCAGACCUUGGAUGAGUCCAAUCUCAAAGUGACCAGCUGCGUCAUUGAGGAGUCGGAUGGUGAGGAUCAAGAGAUCAUUGAGGACACGCAGACUGCGUCUGUUGAUAAUUCCACCGCCUGGGAUGACUCUGAAAACGUGACAACGGUCGAAGUCACUCCAAAGAAGCAGUCAGAGGAGACUGAACAGACCACCCCUUCGCAGGAGAAACCAAGUGAGGAAGUGCCAAUUCCUGAGGAAAAGGAGAAGGUAGAGAAAGAGGAACAAAGUGAAGAACCUGAAAUUCCUCAAAAGGAAUCGACUGAAUUGGCAGAGGAAGAGCCUGUUGAAGGUGAAACUCCUCAGAAGGAGGAAGAGACUGUCGCGGAAGCUUCUCCAGAAGAGGUCGUGGCCACCCCUAAGAAGAGUGCAGCCAGGAAAAAGAGACUGAGUGUUAGCCCUGUAAAGAGGUCGACGAGAGCGAGCAGAGCAAUGAAGGAAAUCGAGAUGAUUGAGAAUGCAGAGGAAGAGGAAGCACUUCCUGAAAAAGAAGAAGAAGCUCCUGAAGAGCCAGUUGUCCCUGAAGAGACAAAACCUGACGACAAGCCUGAUGGCAAGGAACCAGAACCUCCUGUGAUGGCAGAGGACGUGGUAAAGACUCCGCAGCUGAAGAGAGGCAGGAAGCCAAAGAAGGCUUUUCCCUCCAAGAAACAGGUCAAGAAAGUCAGGGAAAAUUCACCUGGUCUUGACAUUUCCAUUGCAGAAGAGGUGAGAGAGGUGAAAAUGUCUCCGCGAGCUGCUAAAGUGGUUGCCGAGGAGAAGCUGCCGCGGGGCAGGAGGAAGAAAGCCGAGCCAAAAGUGGAAGAACCUGUGGAACAAAGGCCGACCAGAGGCUCCGUGCGGAAAAGCAAAGAUGCGCCAGCUGAGCUAAGCACACCACCAGACAGCAAAGUGAAGUCGGAGGCGCCGAAGAAAGGAGGAGCGCGGAGGAAAGUAGCCAAGGCGCCGGCCGAGCAGGAACAGAAGGAGAGCGAGCCCGAGACUGAGGAAAGGAAGGGACGCGGAGGGAGGAAGAGGGCGGGAAAGGCGGCCGCCGAGUCGGAGCCGCCCGUCAAGUCUCCAAAGAAAAGUCCCAAGACCAAAGCUACCCCUGAGGAGCCGAUCAAGCGGACCAGGAACGCGGCUUCAGCCAAGCAGACGCCUGUGAAGGUGGAGGUGGAAGAAGAGCCGCCCAAGGAGGAAAAGCCGGCCGUGCGGACCCGCUCUGGACGAGUGUCCGUGCGGAAGAAGUUUGAGUCUGAAGAUGAAGAGGACCAGGUGCCCAAGUCAAACAAGCUGAGGAAGACUGCUCCUGUGCUGGAGGUCAAGGAAGAGGCCAAACCGAUUAAAACGCCGCGGGGACGCCCACCGGUAAAGAAAGCUGCGGCUGUCAAGGUGGAAGUAACCACUCCUGCCGCUCCUGCAGCCCCUGCUGCAAGGGCCACCAGGAGGGGCAGGCCGAGUUCAAGCGUCACUUCAUCAGGUGACAGUCUGUCAAGGACUCGGACCAAAUACUGCGUCUUUUUCUCCGGAUUUGAGGGACCAACUACCGCGGAGAAAGACAUUGUUGCCAAACUAGGGGGACAGACAAAGGACGAUGUUCCUGACGUCAGACACAAGGGUGAAGAAUUCAUUCUCGUGGUGAACGGAACGUUGAAGCGCACCCUGAAGGUUCUGGACUUUAUCGGAUUUGGAGCCCCUAUCGUCAGCCAGGAGUGGCUCAAGGCUUGCAAUAAAGCAAAUUGCUUCGUUGAUGCAUGGGAUUACAUCCUGAAGGACAAAGCAGCAGAGAAAAAGUUUGGGUUUGAUUUGAAAGAGUGCCUGCUGAAGGCUAGCAAGGAACGCAACGUGUUCAAAGGCUGGAACGUUUUCUUUACUCCUAAUGUCACUCCCAAGGGGCAGUGCUUGAAAAAUUGCGUCGUUGGACUGGGUGGAAAGUUUCUGCCCACAAAACUGAAGAAGUGGCCUGAUAAUUUGAUGAUCGUUUCGUGUGAAGUUGACAAAGCUAUUUACGAAGCAGUUAAGAGGGACUCCAAGAAGCUGAAAAAUGUACUGAUCGUCACUGUGCAGGGCUUCUUUGAGUGUUUGCAACAGCAGAAAAUCGUUUGUCUCGAACAAUAUUCUUUGUAGGUAUUAUUUCUUGGCCUGUAUAAAUAUAUUAUGCCAUUAAAAGCUGUGAAAGCGCUGCUAACCAA